AUGUCAUCUGCGCCGACCCAGUUCGACGAUAUCUACUACCAGCCGAGCUCGCUCAAGGGCCGGCUUCGUCUAGCCGGCUCAGGCAUCGGCUGGAAAGCGAGCAAAGACGGUCAGGACAAGCUCGUCACGCUCCAAGCGAGCGAGAUCAAAUGGACCGAAUGGCUAAGGCACGCGAGAGGCUACGCACUCCGGAUUGGACAGGUCAAAUCUGAGCAGCCCAAGAUGGUCUUUCAAGGCUUUGCAAAGGAGGACUUUGAGCGACUAAAGAAUACGAUCAUGCAGCACUACAGCCUCACACUCGAACCGAGGGAUCUAUCCGUUCGUGGCUGGAACUGGGGUCGGGCGGACGUACAGAGCAACGAAUUGGCCUUCAUCGUCGCGGGAAAGCCGGCAUUCGCGGUGCCUCUCUCGACGGUAUCGAACAGCUCCGUGCAAAAGAACGAAGUCACCCUCGAGUUCUCCCGGACACUCGAAGAUGAAGACGAUCCCAACAAGGUCAAGAUGGAUGAUCCCAAAGAAGCCUCAAAGGAAGCAAAGAGGCGGCGUCGCGCUUUACCGGACGAGAUGGUUGAGAUGCGCCUGUAUAUUCCAGGAUCGGCAAAGUCUGCUGCGCGCAAAGCGAAGAAGGACAAGCAGGCCGAGACGGGGGAGAACGGUGCGGAAGAGGAGGAGGAAGAGGAGGAUGAAGAGGAAGAUGAGGACUUGGAAGAUGAGCUUGCUGCAGCACAAGCUUUCCAUGACCUCAUCAAAGACAAGGCCGAUAUCGGCCAAGUCGUUGGCGAUGGCCUGCUCACCUUUCCAGAAAUCCUAUGUACCACACCAAGAGGUAAAUUCGAUAUCGACCUUUAUGGCUCGUUCUUGCGGCUUCGAGGCAAGACCUACGAUUACAAAUUGCCUUACGAGUCUAUUGCUCGCAUCUUUCUGUUGCCUCGGCCGGAUGAGAUCCAUGUCCAGCUAGUCAUCAAUGUCGAUCCACCUCUGCGGCAGGGCCAGACGAGAUACCCAUACCUCAUCUUCCAAUUCUCUCGAGACGAGGAGAUGAUGGCGGAGAUCAAGCUGAGCGACGAGGAACUUGCGGCAUACAACGGAAAGCUACAAAAGUCAUAUGAGGCGCCUGCAUACGAAGUCGUGUCCAACAUCAUCCAUGGCUUGGCGAAUAAGAAAGUCAUCAGGCCAGGUGGCUUCCAAAGCCACGAAGGUCACAAUGGCGUCAAGUGCAAUGUCAAGGCAGACGAAGGCUAUAUCUACUUUCUCGAGCGCAGCAUGCUCUUCGUUUCCAAGAAGCCCAUCUUUAUGCCCUAUGCCGACACAUCGCUCGUUCGAUUCGAAAGGGUCGGAGGGGCCAUGCUGUCCUCACGGACGUUUGACCUGCGCGUCGCAACUCGUGGCGGCCCAGAUCAUGUCUUCUCUUCCGUCAGCAAAGAAGAGCUACAAGUCAUCGACAGUCAUCUCAAAGAUAAGGGCGUUAGGGUCAAGAACGAGAUUGCCGAGGAGACUUCUGCCACCGUUGCGGCUAUGCUUAGCGAAGACGAUGAUGACGAUGACGAUAUGAUCGCAAGCGAAGACGGCGACGGGGUUAAGCGCGCGGCUGGCUCGGGCGACUCAGAGUCUGAGGAUGAAGACUUCCAAGCAGGCUCUAAUUCAGAUGACGAUCUGCCCGAGGAGUAUGACGAGAACUACACAAGUCCAGAUUCGGACGCGAUGCAAGAAGACAAGCCAACGAAGAAGAAGAAAAAGUCUUCCGAUGAGCCGCCCAAGAAGAAGGCAAAGAAGAGCUCGAGCUCCCCUUAG